AUGUACAUAAAUAGACGAGUAUAUAUGGGGAAUCCCCUGACUAGCACUACAAUGAUGGAAGCAGAAUUUAUUUCUAUACGUGCAGAAUUUGUAUCUGCUACCCAAAUUUUUAUGAGUGAAAGUAUAUUAAAUGCACUUAAAGAGCAUUAUGCAGCAUAUAUAGAUUCAAACCGUAAGCUGAGUCAGAUUAAGGAUUUAAAUACAUUAUUGAAAGUAUUGGAAAAACGUGAUAUUCUGAGUUGUGUUAAUAUAGAACCACUUUUAUAUAUUUCAAAUAACUUUCUAAAUGAUCUUCCAAUACAAAAAAAAAUUAACAAUUAUAAGAUUUACCUUGAAACUGUACAAUAUUCUCCAUUCUAUAAUAUGUACCAAGAUGUGGAUGAAGAUAAACAUGAGAAUAAUUCUGUAUUAUUAAAUGCAAGUGGUACAUCACAAAUAAAGAUUCUUAAUGAAUCAUUACCUAAAUACAAAGAUCAUAAAACAAAUUAUUUUGAAGAUGAAAUUGCAUUGCAACAAAUAUUACUGUCAAACAUUAGUGAAAAAAUUGGACGUUCUUGGAGAGACACUGUCAGAUAUUUAGGUUUACCAGAGUAUCAAAUUGAUGCAAUUGAAAAUAAUUAUGCUUUUAAUUUGAAAGAACAAAGUUAUCAAGCUUUAAAAUUAUGUAUGUCCCAAAACAAGUCUGGUAAUUGGAAGAUAAAUUUAAUACAGGCUUUAGAAAAAGCAAGACGAAGGGAUCUCAAAGAACUUGCUGAAAAAUUAAUAAUAGGGUUUAAACAAUAA